CAGCUGAACUGUGUGUUCCCUUCUGGUUUUACUUAUGAAGACAAUGACUACUGAUGAAGGCACCAGUAACAAUGAAGAGAACCCAGCAGCUAUCAUGGUUGAACAGGGAGAAGACAUUACUAUCAAAAAGGAUAGAGGAGUAUUAAAGAUUGUCAAGAGAGUGGGGACUAGUGAGGAAACCCCAAUGAUUGGUGACAAAGUUUAUGUCCACUACAAAGGAAAGUUGUCAAAUGGAAAGAAGUUUGAUUCCAGUCAUGAUAGAAACGAGCCCUUCGUCUUUAGCCUUGGCAAAGGCCAGGUUAUCAAAGCCUGGGACAUUGGGGUAUCCACCAUGAAGAAAGGAGAGAUCUGCCAUUUACUGUGUAAACCAGAAUAUGCUUAUGGCUCCGCUGGCAGCCUCCCCAAAAUUCCUUCGAAUGCAACUCUCUUUUUUGAGAUUGAACUCCUUGACUUCAAAGGAGAGGAUCUAUUUGAAGAUUCAGGCAUCAUCCGUAGAAUCAAACGGAAAGGAGAGGGGUAUUCGAACCCAAACGAAGGCGCGACAGUGGAAGUCCACCUGGAAGGCUGCUGUGCUGGAAGGAGGUUCGACUGCCGGGACGUGGUCUUCGUGGUUGGUGAAGGAGAAGACCACAAUAUUCCCAUCGGAAUUGACAGAGCCCUGGAGAAAAUGCGGAGGGGAGAGCAGUGUAUCUUAUACCUCGGACCUCGAUACGGCUUCGGAGAAGCAGGAAAGCCUGAAUUUGACAUUAAACCGAAUGCUGAGCUUACAUACGAAGUUACACUGAAGAGCUUCGAGAAGGCCAAAGAAUCCUGGGAGAUGGACACCAAAGAAAAACUGGAGCAGGCUGCCAUUGUCAAAGAGAAGGGAACUGUGUACUUCAAGGGAGGCAAGUACAUGCAGGCCGCCAUCCAGUACGGGAAGAUCGUGUCCUGGCUGGAGAUGGAGUACGGCCUGUCGGAGAAGGAGUCCAAGGCCUCGGAGUCCUUCCUGCUCGCCGCUUUCCUCAACCUGGCCAUGUGCUACCUGAAGCUGAGAGAGUACAGCAAAGCUGUGGAGUGCUGCGAUAAGGCCCUUGGACUGGACAGCGCCAACGAGAAGGGCCUGUACCGAAGGGGGGAAGCCCAGCUGCUCAUGAAUGAGUUCGAGUCGGCCAGAGGUGACUUUGAGAGAGUGCUGGAGGUGAACCCCCAGAACAGGGCGGCCAGGCUGCAGAUCUCCAUGUGCCAGAAGAAGGCGAAGGAGUACAACGAGCGGGACCGCAGGGUGUACGCCAACAUGUUCAAGAAGUUCGCCGAGCAGGACGCCAGGGAAGCAGCCAGCAAAGCGGUGAGCAAGACCACAGAGGGAGCAGCCGGUAAACGAGCCGAGAGCCAGGCCAUGGAAGAAGGGAAGGCUGAAGGCCACGUAUGACGCCACGCCAAGGAGGGAAGAGAGUCCUAAUGAACUCGGCCCUCCUCACGGGGCUCGCCCCAAACUCAGGACUGAACAGUGUUUAGUGUAAGGUUUGUUACAGUCUCUGUGAUUCUGGAAGCAAAUGGCGAAACCAGUAGCUUCCCAUAUAGCCACCUGCUGCUGCCCGGGGUUUGGGGAGGGGGUACACGCCAGGGAGACAGAACCGAGAGAGGCCAAGCCAGCAGCUUGAGUCCAGCUCAUUUCAGCUUGUCAACCCUUUCAGUGUCCAGCACUGUGUCCCUUGAGGUGAUCCUAAGGCCGGCUGCUGUGGGAUCCGCAUCCGCAGUUCAGCCCCACUGCAGAAACCCUUGAUAAAACAAGCUCAGUGGAUCUCUGCUUUCCUAUUGGGAGGAUGGGUGGUGAGAUUUUGUUUGGAACUAAGAACACAAGUGCUGAGUGUUAUGGCAAGCCCACAGCGGGGGUGGGGGCCCCCCAGGUCCACCUCCUGCCUCCCUCGUCUCCGACUCUUGGGGGUGUGGCUUUCUGUCAUGCGCAGCUGUCCCAGGAGGCUGUUGUUCCUCCAGAGCCCUCCAGUGGUGAGCAGGUGGGAGUCUCCAGGUUAGCUUUCUCUGUGCUGAAUGAACUCGUGAGGUGUGGAGAGCAGUCUGAAGAGGGCUCAUUUUCCCUGCUGGCCACCCCUUUCAAGACAUUCGCACUCAGCGCUUCACGCUCGCCGCAGCUGCUCGGCCCUGGGUUCCCGUCGCUGCCUUGCAGAAGAACCUAGGCUGGCUCUUGCCCUCGACCUGGGUGAACUGACCUCGGUAUCCAACCAGGACUCGUGUGGUUACUCUUUCUUCUCUGUAUUACUUGCUCGUAGCGUAUAUACUGCUUUAUGGAAGGGAUAUCACACUCCCGUCAUGCAAAAAUGGUUUUCAUUUUUUACUUUUUAACUUGGGCUUUGAAAGGCAAACUCCGAGGUUUAAAACAGGUAGUUGCUCUUCGAGUGAGGGCAGCUGUAGUUUGACAGGCAGACACUUCGCCCCCAGACCACAGCGUCUCUGCUGGUGUGAGCUGUAAGGGUUGCUGGCUUCCUGUGUGGGUAUGCCAAGCCAAAAUCGCCGGUGCUUGGGCAGUGAAUCAAGGCAAGUUCUAGAGGGUUGUGGAAUUGAAUUUUAGUCCCACAGGUAGCGUAUGGGCAGGAUUGAGCGAGGCUUGCUUCUCCACAGCCUAAGAAAUUCCCAGCAUCCCAAGGAGCCACUCACCUCAGCCUGGAAGCCUCACUUCCCAGGCCUCCAGAACACUGGCAGUUGCAUUUAGAUGGUUGUUUACUUUUAUGGUGGUUUUAAUAAAACAGUCUCAUUGUUAAGUUAGAACUGAAAACCUACAAGUCAUAUUGUUUCCUGCUGUCCCGAUUUUAUUCUACAAACAACAGAUGGAAUUAAAUUGAGACAAAUUUCUCUUACUAGUGGCUGAAACCCCUCUAAUUCCACAUUUUACACUUCUGUCUCUUUCCGUGAAUUUUUAGAGCCCUAGUCUCACCUAGGAAGUACAGAUAGCAGGAGGCGACUUUGCUUAUGUGAUUCACUAGUAUUUGUAGUUCUGUUGACCAGAAUGCAGAAACAGUGAGGUUGUGGCUGGAAUUGGAGCCUGACAAGUUAGGCCAGUUAGCUUUUUACAGGAAACCUCUUUUUCACAAAGCUUAUGUGACCCUCACCAGCUAUGUCCCAAGUGUGCACUGUGGGCCAAGGAGACUGGUGCAGAAAGGAGGGGUGUGCAAGGUUCCAAGCCAGAAAUGUACAGGUGGCCGACCACUGGCUCUCACGUGUUCUCCUAAUGCAGUAAUUCCAAAUAAUUUAUAUGGAAAUCGGAAGAUGUGCUUAAGUUACCUUAGGACCGGGUAGAGUGAUGGGUGAGCAGAUAAUAAAUUGAAAUUUUGGUUUUUAAAAAAUCAUUUAGAAGCUGGGAGUAGUGGCGCACGCCUGUGAUCCCAGCACUCAGGAGGCAGAGGCAGGCGGAUCUCUAUUAGUUCGAGGCCAGCCUGGUCUACAUAGCGAGACACUGUCUCAAAACAAAACAAAUCAUUUAGAUGCAUUUUGUGUUCCUUAAAUAAAUUUUUUAAAGUGGUU